GUGAUGGUACCCACGAGCAGGUGGUGCCGCCCUGGGACCCCUCGGUGCAAAUACCCCGACGCUGCCACGGAACAUUGCCCACCCCACCGAACCUGUGGCAUGGCACCGGCCACCGGCAGGGGCUGGCCGGCGUGAACGGGAGCUGGAGCCCUCCUUUGCCUAACAGGAGGGUGGCUAAUGGUGUGGAUCCUCCUCUUGCUGAUAACUCCGGUCCUCGCGACGUGCUGAGCACCAACCAUUUCAGAUUACCGAAUUACCUCCGCCACAGCAGCGAGGCGGAAAUUCGGGCAGCUUUGCAUGAGUGGGAGGGGCUGCUUGAAUCGCGGUGCCAUCACUACGUGGAGUGGUUUCUCUGCUUGCUCCUGCUCCCUGGGUGCGCCAAGGGAAAUACAGUGGCCAGGUUAAAAGACAACGUCCCAGCGGCCAGGACAAGAGAUGCUCCCCAAGAGCAUCAUGCUGGCAUUCAGGGCCAGUUUGCAGAGAACAUGCGCACCGAGAUCAGCCUCCUGGAGCUGAUCGGAGACCCCCCACCAGAGGAGAUCGUCAAAAUUUAUGGCCCUGACAACAACCCUGGCUACGUCUUUGGCCCCAAUGCCAACACAGGCCAGGUGGCCCGGUACCACCUGCCGAGCCCUUUCUACCGGGACUUUUCCCUCCUGUUCCACAUCCAGCCCACCACUUCCCGGGCUGGCAUGCUCUUUGCCAUCACGGACUCCUCGCAGAGCAUCAUCUAUGUGGGUGUCAAGCUCUCGGAGCUGCGGGCAGGCAAGCAGCAGAUCAUCUUCUAUUACACAGAGCCGGGCUCGCCACGCUCAUAUGUAGCAGCUAUGUUCACCGUGCCCACCUUGCUGAAUCAGUGGACACGCUUUGCCAUCAGCGUGGAGGAGGAUGAAGUUGUUCUCUACCUGGACUGUGAGGAGCACGAGCGGAUCCAUUUUGAGCGCUCCCCGGAUGAGAUGGAGCUGGAAGAUGGCUCUGGGCUCUUUGUUGCUCAGGCUGGAGGAGCUGACCCAGAUAAAUACCAG